GGAGCUUCAGUCGCUCUUGACUCUCCGACUAUCGAAAUAGAUAUCGGUAAGACAAGCAAAACAAGAAAAUCAUACACUGCGUAUGACAAGCAACUAAUCAGUUUAUUCAGAAAGUGAAAACAUCAUGAAGUUGUUCAAGUGUUUGGUGCCGGUGGUGGUGCUGCUGUUAAUUAAGGAUUCUUCUGCAAGACCUGGUUUGAUACGCGAUUUUGUCGGUGGCACAGUCGGCAGUAUAUUGGAGCCAUUCCAGAUUUUGAAGCCCAAAGACAGCUAUGCUGAUGCUAAUAGUCAUGCUAGUGCUCAUAAUUUGGGAGGAACAUUUAGUCUUGGACCUGUUUCACUCGGCGGUGGAUUGUCUUCGGCAUCAGCCUCAUCAUCGGCAUCAGCAAACGGUGGUGGUUUAGCUUCGGCUUCAUCAAAAGCCGAUGCUCAAGCCGGCGGAUACGGAUAUGGUGGUUCCAAUGCAAAUGCCCAAGCCUCUGCCAGUGCUAAUGCACAAGGUAACGGAGGUUAUUCAAGAAUCCCCGGGAGAUACCCCAACGGUAAUGGCAUGAAUAACGGUCAUUACCGUCCAGACAUUAGCCAAGUCCCAGUUCAAUAUAAUCGACCAAGUUAUGGAAAUUACGGUGGCUCUCAGUCCAGUGCUAACGCUAACGCUAAUGCAAAUGCCAAUGGCAACGGUAGAGCACCUCCGGUUUAUCCCUCUGGCUCUCGUUACCCAGUACCUUCUGGCAAUGCCAAUGCUAAUGCCAAUGCUCAAGCAAAUGCAGCUGCAAACGCCUAUGCCAAUGCCAAUGCUCAAGCAAACGCGGCUGCGAACGCCGUAGGUAACGGUGGCAUACACACGAUUCCAAACAAAUAUUAUCCUCCUAACAGAGGAGUUGGUCAAUUAGAGAUCAUUCCUGUAAACGUGCAGCCAGUCCCUCGACCGACUGCAGUUCAUCCAAUGCCUCAACAGCCUCCCGUCUAUUCCCGACCAAUUCCCCAAGGUGGACAAGUAAUACCUAUUGUUGUUGUUGAAAGUUCGCCUGCAACACAAUAUCCACCGCGAUAUCACCGUCCAAAUCCAUAUCACCACCAUCGUCAACUAUAUGGUGGCAAACGAAAAGAACAGCCCGUUGAGAUCAUCGUCAUCGAGGAAUCAAGUCCUAAUCAAGGUGGUGGUUACGGAAAUGGAGGUAUUCAUGGAAUUUACCCAGGGCAACAAGGAGUUCACGGUGGCAAUCCCUUUUUAGGCGGUGCAGGAUCAAAUGCUAACGCCAACGCUAUUGCUAACGCCAAUGCUCAAGCAAAUGCUGGCGGAAACAAUGGAGGUCUAGGAAGUUAUGGAGGAUAUCAACAAGGUGGCAAUUAUCCGAUAGAUUCAUCUACGGGGCCGAUUGGAAACAAUCCUUUCUUGAGUGGUGGACAUGGUGAUGGCAAUGCCAACGCUGCAGCUAAUGCUAACGCUGGAGCUAGUGCUAUUGGAAAUGGAGGAGGUCCGAUAGAUGUAAAUAAUCCGUUUCUUCAUGGCGGUGCUGCCAAUAGUGGAGCAGGAGGAAUAAAUUAUCAACCAGGAAAUGCAGGUGGUAUCAUCUUGAGUGAAAAACCUCUGGGUCUUCCUACUAUUUAUCCGGGACAACAUCCUCCUGCAUAUUUGGACUCGAUUGGAUCGCCAGGAGCCAAUAGCAACGCCGGUGCCAAUGCACCGUGUAGUGAGUGUGGAUCUUCAGGAGCAACUAUUCUUGGUUACGAGGGUCAAGGAUUAGGUGGAAUCAAAGAAUCAGGAUCUUCAGGAGCAACUAUUCUUGGUUACGAAGGUCAAGGAUUAGGUGGAAUCAAAGAAUCAGGAUCUUCAGGAGCAACUAUUCUUGGUAGUUACGAUGGUCAAGGACCUUCAGGAGCAACUGUUCUUGGUGAUUACAAUGGUCAAGGGUUAGGUGGAAUCAAAGAAUCUUCAGGAGUAACUGUUCUUGGUGAUUAUGAAGGUCAAGGAUUAGGUGGAAUCUCUGGUCCACAUGGUGGACACGGACAAGCCGGUGCUAAUGCUGGCGCCAAUGCUAAUGCUAAUGCUGGAGCUACUGUUGGAAGUAGCGGAGGUGUUCUCGGAGGCGUUGGAGAUCACGGUGGAUAUCAUGGAUACAAUGGACAUGAUGGCUCUUCUGGAUUAAAUCUUGGCGGAUAUGGUGGAGGCUCAAACGCCAACGCUCAAGCGUCGUCGAAUGCACUCGCAUCCAGUGGUGGUUCAUCUAGUGCCACUUCCGAUGCCUUGUCUAAUGCGCACUCCAGCGGCGGAUCAGCGUUAGCGAACAGUUCCAGCAAAGCAUCGGCUAACGGUUCGGGAUCUGCAAACGCUAAUGCACACGCGUCUAGCAACGCUUCUUCAGGAUCUCACGGAUUAGGAUCAAAAACGUCGGCAUCAAGUCAGGCGUCCGCCUCAGCUGACACCAGAGACAUGCUGAUUUUCAGUUAAAUAUUGUGAUAUAGCGAAAUGAAUCGAAGUUCCAGAAACAAACUUCUUGACAAAACAAUGACAUAAUACUCUGUUUUAUAGCAUGAUGCUCCGCGAACAAAGCAAUAAUGUGUAACUCAAACAUUAUCCCUUCUUUAAUCAUAACUUCGUGAUUGGGGAAACAUAAUAUUAGAAAACUGGAAAUAUUUACGAAAUUAUGUGUUCAGUAAAACAUUUUAGAUACAAUAGUUAUCGAUCUAAACGCAUUUUGGAAAUUCUAAUUGUAAAUUUUUUAAUCUGACUUUUAAGAUUUAUUAAAGAUGUAAUAGUAUAUUUAUUUAUAUGUAUAUGUGAAUUCUAUCUGAGGCAGAUUACACAUUCUGCUUAUGUGAUGAUUUAGUUGUGUGUAUAUACAUGUGUAUGUAAAUAAAAUCAAAAUAUUAUAAUUUUUAAACAUCUUUUGAAUACGAAAAAAAAUUAUCUACACACGUAAUCGAUAUUUAAAAUUAUUGGUUGAUUUUGACAUAUCUGCCUCAGAUUGUAUCACUAUACCAUCAUCAUCCGAUCUUGCAACAUUUUGCGUCGACCGGAAAGAAUUUAAUGUGCGAACUUGUAUAUUCCUUCGCGGACAAUACAGUAUGACAUUUAGAGCAUUUCAAAUACUUUAACUUAAUACUCCAUAUGUAUUUAUGUAUAAGUAUACUUAAAUUAUUAGGUUGAUCGGAAAGUCUGUGCUGAUUUUUUUAGCAAAAUUUAAAUGCAAAAUUUUGUAUUAAUUUUUAAUACAAAGUUUGACGUUAUCGGAAAUUAAGAAUAAUACAAAGUCGUGCGUUUAAAUUUUGCUAAAAAACUCGGCACGGACUUUCCGAACAACCCAAUAUAUCUGUUAUAUUAUAGCUAUGCAGAUCGCCUCCUUUGAACUCUGGAUCUGUGAUUUACAUAAAACGUGCCAAUACUGAUAAAAAUAAAAAAAAUAAUAUUAAUAAAGAUUGUAGUGCGUGCUCAAAAAUAUAAUUAAUCAACUUUAUAUCCCCAUUUAAUAUAGUAACUAAUAUAACUACGCAAGUUUUAUACUUUGCUCACUUUCCGCUGAUUAUUUUAUUUAAUAUAUUUGCGACAAGAAAUAUUAUAUUGACUGUUUCAGAUCCCGAGGAAUAAAUGCGAUCUCAACUAUAUUAUUAUAUCACAAAAAUAGUGAUGAUGAUUAAAUCAAACGUGCUUGCGUCUAUGCAUUUUUCUUUAUGAAGUCGUAGAACUGCGUUGCAAUUGGCGUCAGCGACAUCUCUUCUCUUUGUCUUUAUUCUCACGAUGGCAGACGUUUCUCGAGUGUCGGAAACAACGGGGAUAAGAACUUGUCAGACUUGUUCUGCAUGAGAGAGUGUGAACAAGGAAAACGGAAGAGAGAUUUGUAAAGAUGCGUGGAUAAGUAAGAAAUGUCAACAAAAUCGAUUAUGACGUUUGUCUGUUGAUACUGCGAAUUCUUACGAAAUUCUGUAAUUAAUACGUAAUUAUCGAUAAUAGUUUUUUACACUGCGUGCGUUAUUUGUUUAGCAGAUUCCAAGAAUUAUCGUUUAUUAUCGCGUAUAUGCAUGCGAUGGACUUGACGUGUCGCGUUUUGCAGCUUCUUAUGUAAUAUAAUUAUGCACAAUACGUGAGAAUAUAAGAAUUUAAUAAAAUUUGUGAUCUUUUCGAUGCAACU